GGUCAAGCUAGACAAAACACGAUCAGUCUCAACGCCUCCCAAUUGACUCGCGAGAAAAGCCGGCUGAUGAGCCAGAAUCCAGAAGCGUAUUGCGACUUACCGCGCAUUUGUCAUGGCCAUACUGUAGGCCGGAUUUGCCCUCAUGGCUCUCAGCGUUGAUGUGCGCAGAGAGGGCAAAUACAGCCAGAUAGAAAAGUUUGGCCGCAGAACGCAUCUUGCUGCGGGCAAAAGCAACCGAAAUCAGGAAACGGGCGUGUGGCGGAGGCAGAGCACGAGCUCUUCCGAAGCGACAGGCAGAAGCGAGAUCCCAGCAAAAUGUGCUGAGGUCGCUUUCAGGUAUGUGUUUGUUUGGAUAGACUAUAGCUGGCGGAGAUUCGAAGUCGGGAUUGACCUUCACAUGAAGAUCAUCAACGGCAAGGGCAAGUCGAGCCGAAGUACUCCGGGGGAGCAAGUAAACAGUUUCAGGGCAAAUGACACUUUUCGCGGGGCCGAGCCACAAAUAAUUGCAAUCAGUGUCACCACCAAAACGAGGGUUAGAUCAAGGACUGGUGCGCGAUCACUAAAACAAGGGAGAACGAGGGAUGUGAGGUCAGUCAGUCAAGAAGAAAAAGAAUGAGAGAGAGAGGUUGCAGUCGCUGUUGCGAAGUGGACAAGCUGUCCUCGGUGGCGGCGCGGAGUUGCAUGACCCGCAAGUAGUCAUCAAUAAUCAUAAUAAUCAUAAUAAAGAGUGAGUCCCCUUCCGACGGUUCGAUAUCGGUUUAUCGCCUUGCGCCUUGCGCCUCGAACCUCCUGACUCCGGUGCCUGUUGGUCUCUGCCAGAUUUUCACAUUAUUAAUUAUCCUGACUCCUGAUACCAGA